AUGUCACGCUUCGAAAUCAACGACGAAGACCUCGCUGGUCUAAAAGACAAGGUUGUCUUAGUUACAGGCGGCUCCUCGGGCAUCGGCCUCGGAACAGUCAACCUCCUCCUCUCUCUAGGCGCCCGAGUUACAAAUGUCGACCUCAGUCUACCAGCACCAUUGCACUCCGGCGAUCCCUCUCCGAUAGACCCUCAUCUAACAUUUGAGCCAUGCAAUGUUUGCGACUGGGAAGCUCUUCGUGAUGUUUUUGCUCGCACUGUCAAGCGGGAAGGUCGGAUUGAUGCUGUCUUUGCAAAUGCCGGGGUUGGCGCCCGGACCCGGUUUAUCGACGAUGAGUUUGAUCCUGUUGACGGCCAACUGAAAGGGCCGAAUAUGAGUUGCGUCGAAACAAAUCUGUACAGCGUCAUCUCUACCGUCAAACUCGCUGUUCACCACAUGCGCACCCAGGAAACCGGAGGCAGCAUCGUCCUAACUGCGUCCGUGAGCUCUUGGUUAAGAUUCGCAGCUGUUGAUUACACAACAUCUAAACACGCUGUCCUUGGUCUCAUGCGCAGCCUGAUACCGCAUCUGAGCGCCCUGCCUGUUCCUAUUCGAAUUAACUCCCUUGCGCCAAGUUGGACCAAAACCGGCAUUGUCACGGAGAAGAUGGCAACUCUGACGGGACUCGCUCUGAAUACACCCGAUCAUGUGGCUCGAUCGGCUGUUAUACUCAUGAACGAUAGCAACAGGAAUGGAGAGAUGAUUUUCAUCGAUGGCGGGAAAUACUGGGAGAUUGAAGAGUCUCUGGGUGGAGCUGGCGUUGGCAGCUUUAUCGGCCCAACCCUGCCUGCGGGCAGUGAUCAAGGGACCGACUGGGAUCGGUAUUUGGAAUAUUCGAGAAGGAUGAAUAUGGCUCUGAAGUAA